AGUUCUAAUGUCACAAUUACUUUGUCAAGUUUUUAAUAAAAUUUAGUUUUUAUUUAAACAAUUAAGGUUUUACUGUUGUAGCGGUAUUGGUAAGGAUAUUUUAGAGUAAAUGAUAGGUUUAUUCAGACGUUGAAGUUUACGUAAAUCAUAAAGAAUGUCUGACAAAGCACCCGAGGAUGGGAACAACAUUCCGCUCACGGAUAGUUCGCUCGUAGUCGAUAUAUCAGACGCUUUAAGCGAAAAAGAUAAAGUUAAAUUUACCGUACAUACUCGUACAACAAUGAAAACUUUUCAAAAACCAGAAUUUCUGGUUGUACGCCAACACGAAGAGUUUAUUUGGCUUCACGAUCGUUACGAAGAAGAGCCUAAAUAUGCAGGUUAUAUCAUACCUCCUCCACCACCCCGUCCAAAUUUCGACGCCUCUCGUGAGAAAUUGCAACGUCUCGGCGAAGGAGAAGGUACAAUGACAAAGGAAGAGUUUACUAAAAUGAAGCAAGAACUAGAAGCCGAAUAUUUGGCCACGUUCAAGAAAACAGUGGCGAUGCACGAAGUGUUUCUGACUCGCUUAGCUAGUCAUUCCAUAUUCCGAGAAGACCGUCAUCUCCAAGUGUUCCUCGAGUACGAUCAGGAUUUGUGCGCCCGUCCCAAGGGCAAAUUGCAGCAAUUAGGGGGCUUAAUUAAAUCUGUCGGUACCACUACCGACCAAUAUUACUUGAACGCGACAGUGAGGGACGUCAAUGACUUCUUUGAGCAGCAAAUGAAUUCGCUAACGGAAUAUUAUAACCAAUUGAAAGAUGCCACUUAUCGUACUGAUAAAAUGACCGAGAAGCAUAAAGAACUGGCAGAUAGUUACAUUAAAAUCUCCGGAGGUUUAAUUCAGCUGGCUCACAGUGAUAAUGGAAGACUGGACAAAUAUUUGUCGAAAGUCUCUGAUACUUUUGAAAAAGUUAGAAAAUUGGAAAGCCGCGUGGCUAGUGAUCAAGAUUUGAAGCUAGCCGAUACUUUGAGGUAUUAUAUGAGAGAUAGCCAAGCCGCUAGGGCCUUACUUGUAAGAAGAUUAAGAUGUUUAGCUAAUUAUGAAAAUGCCAAUAAAGCAUUGGAAAGGGCAAGACACAAAAAUAAAGAUAUCCAUGCUGCCCCGGAAAUACAAGAGGCAGAGGAAGCACAAUCAGUGGCAUGUGAACAUUUCGAAUCAAUAUCUACACAAGCUAAAGAAGAAUUAUUGGAUUUUAAAACUAGAAGGCUUCAUGCUUUCCGUAAGAGUUUGAUAGAAUUGGCAGAAUUAGAAAUAAAGCAUGCCCGCAGCCAGCAUGACUUAUUGAAAAAAUCCAUAGCUAACCUUAAUGAUUUACUCUGAGUCUUUUUGCUCAAGAUUUAUGUAUAUUCAUAUCAAGAUAUUUAUUCUCUGAGCUGGUUUAUUUAAAAUUUAAACCUAGAAUUAUUUACUAUCUUAGAGGUAUAUUAUCUAUUUUUAUAUUUUUCCAUUUAAUGUUUUUUAUAUUAUUUUCCAUUUAAUGUGUAUAUUGUUUUGUACGUACUCUUUUUUGCUAAAUACGCCAGACUCGGAAAUUUCAAAGAUUCCAGUUUAUGUUUUGGUUAUUUCAUAUAUUAUAUUGAAAAAAAAAUAUAUAAUUAUUGUAUGUUUAUAAUGAAAUAAAAG